UUCGGAGUUUGCCGCGCGUAGUUGCUUGUCUCUCGUCUUGUGUGCAGGUGCUGUUACGAAAAGAGGCCCGGUGGCCGCUUUCCUUCUAUCUGUUUUCGCAAUGAGACUUUGAUCCAAUAGGUCGGUCAGAUAAAACGGUGUCAUGGCACGACAACAAUGACCGAGACUGCGUUUCUCACUGAGGAAUCCAGCAGGAAACCCAGUAUGUGGGGCGGAUUUCGCUGUAACAGAACUUUCGUGAUACUGUUCCUGCUAAAUGUCAUCGCAUUCCAAGCUAUCGUAUGUGAGUGCUCAUCUACUUAGCCCGCGCUACUCUUAUCGCUGUGCAUAUAUCAGCAGAUCAGCUGUCUGUAUGCGCGAGUGACAGAACCAAGGACGCGCGAUUCGAAAUUGAUUAUUAUCAAGAACACAACAAAUGGGAAGAAAUAAGAUCUGAGUUGGAGCCAGUAAUAGCGGAUCUGCGGGAUAUGCAGGGUCUGACAUUCAGCUUGCUGAAGAGGCUGGAAGCACAUGGUCUUUUCGUCGAGAAUGUCCGCGGACGAGGGGACGAUAAUCGACCUGUCAUCUACGCGAUCACGCCCACGUUUGCUAGGCCCGUGCAGAAAGCCGAGCUCACUCGACUGGCGCAGACGUUCCUCCACGUGCCCAACUUCCACUGGAUCCUCGUGGAAGAUGCGCCGCAGAAAACCUCUCUGGUUACUCGGUUUCUGGAGACUAGCGGCCUGAUUUAUACUCAUCUGUCGGCGGCAACCCCGCCGAACUACAAGCUAGGCAGGAAUGAUCCGAACUGGAAGAAACCGCGUGGGGUUGAACAGCGAAACGCGGCGUUAAGGUGGCUCAGGGAGAAUCUGAAGCCAUCCGACAGAGGUGUCGUCUACUUUGCCGACGACGACAAUACAUAUUCUAUUAAGCUCUUCCGCGAGAUGGAAAAAAUACAAAGAGUCGGUGUGUGGCCAGUCGGUUUAGUCGGCGGUUUAAUGGUAGAGAAGCCUAUUUGUGAUAACGCUACUAAACAAGUACUCGGUUUUAAUGCGGCAUGGAAACCAGACCGUCCGUUUCCAGUCGACAUGGCAGGUUUUGCCAUUAAUCUCGAGCUAUUGCUCAAGCACAAGGACGCGUGGUUCUCGUACGACGUGCAAGGUGGUUAUCAAGAGAGUGAAAUACUCAGGCAAAUAAUUACGAGGGAUCAAUUGGAGCCAUUGGCAGACUGUUGCACAAAAGUGUACGUAUGGCAUACGCGAACGGAACCGCCGCAGUUAAACGUCGAACAGAUGUUAAUCAAAAAAGGUAAACGUUCCAACAUCGGCAUUGAGGUAUGAAAAGGUUGCUCAUUUUAGCAGAAGCCAUUAUAGCGCUGAUUAUUACAAUAAAUUAUUAUAUAUUACAAUAAAUUCGAUGACAUCGAUCUUAAGCUUAGGAAAAAUAGGAUAAACUUUCGUAAACACUUUUUUAUUAUGGGCCUUACAUAUAUAUUCACACGUAGAAUAAUACAGUGUCAUACUGUAUAGCCGCUUGUAGCUGUGCGAACAAUACUAGGAAAGAACAGGGAAGAAUAAAGAAAUAUUACCGAGUAAU